AUAUUUAAGGCAGAGAUAGAUAGAUUCUUGAUGAGUAAGGGUGUCAGCGGUAAUGGGGAAGAAGGUAGGAGAAUGGGGUUAGGAGGGAGAGAUGGAUCAGUGAUCAGGCAGAGUAGAUUUGAUGGGUCAAAUGGCCCAAUUCAACUCCUAUGACAUAAUCAUAAUAAGACUUUUGGAAAAUAAUAGAUCAGAAAAUGCCUGAAAUACUCGGUAUUAAGUCAAUCUCUUGUGGAAAGGGAAAUAAAGUUGACAUUUCAGAUCCAAGAUCCAAGAUUAGAAUUUAGGAAAAGGAAAAGCAAUAAUAUUCAGUUGCAGAAAAGGUGAGGGAUGGAUGGGUAGACCAAAGGGAUAAGGUAAGUCCAAAUUAGUUGAUAGUUGGGUCUGUGAGACAUCGUCAGCAAGAUAGGAUAUCCCAAUAGAAAUGGAAAAAACUGAUCAAGGAUGAAUGACUGGCAGAAAUGCCCUGUUCAAAUGUAGAAAAAAACAUGAGAACUUCAAGCCAACAACAUGCCUAGACUGAUGUGUAGGAAGGAACUGCAGAUGCUGAUUUAAACCGAAGAUAGACACAUAAAGCUGAAGUAACUCAGCGGGACAGGCAACAUCUCUGGCGAGAAGGAAUGGGUGACGUUUCAGGUCGAGACCCUUCAGUCUAAAUGUGGAGAUGUUGACCAUUAGGUGUGUUGGUCCUCACUGUAACAGUACAAUUUCACUGCAUGCCGGAGUGACCAAAUAUUAUUUUGUCUAAAAUGGGGUCCUGUACCUAUUGAUAUAUUGUGUGAACUCUUUUACAGGGUACACAAGCAGUGGGUUUGUCAAUGGGAAUCUCAAACUUAACGUCACAUCAGACCUGCAGUGUCAGACAGGUCACCAGCAAUGUCCUCAAUCCUUGAAUCUGGAAGAGGAAAUGCUCAUCUGUUGUAUUUCUGAGGAGAGACAACAAACCACAGUGGGGCAGUGACACUCACUUCUGAAGGAGGGUGUUCAAGAGAACUGACUGUGGAAAGAGCUUUGGCCAUUUACACAGCCGCAGAAGGAGGCUGGAACCAAACACGUGUUCCAUGUGUGUGAGGUCUUGAUGAAUCAACCUGGAGACAAAGGGGAAAAUUAAGUCAGUGACUGACCAAAUCAUUUCUUGCUAAAAGUGAUAUCAGUGUGAAUUCUUUGAAAAUAAACAAUUUCCCAUCCAGCUAGAAACUUGAGCAUCUGCUCUGUGUGUGGAAAGAAGCUGGCUUGUUUAAUCCUCCUGUUGAGACACCAUUGAUCUGGCUCCCUGAGAAGACGCCAGCGCAUCGUCACUGGAGACGGGACAUUCAACUGCUCCAAGUGUGGGAAACCUGGAUCCACACGGUCACCCACCCGCUGGUACACCAGAUAAUUCACACCAGGGAGAGGCCCUGCUCCUGCUCUGAGUGGAAACGGAUUCACUCAGUCGUUCAAUAUGACGGGACGCCAGCAGGUUCACACGAGGGAGAGGCCAUUCACAUGCUCUGAGUGUGGAAAGAGAUUUGUUCUGUCAUCCCACUUGUUGAUACACCAGCGGGUUCACGCUGAGGAUACGGAGUUUGAAUGCUCUGAAUGUGGGAAGAGCUUCUCCUGGUCUUCUAGCUUGAAAGCACAUCAGCGAAUUCACACCGGAGAGAGGUCGUACAAAUGCUCUGAAUGUGGGAAGAGCUUCAAUCUGACAUCUAACCUGAAUAAACAUCAGCGAAUUCACACCGAAGAGCGGCUGUUCAAAUGCUCUGAAUGUGGCAGGGACUUUAUUCAGUCAUCCCACCUGAACAAACACCUGAUACUUCACACUGGGGAGAGGCCAUUUAUUUGCUCCGAGUGCGGGAAGAGUUUCACUCGGUCGGACAGCUUGCUAAUGCACAAGCGGAUUCACUCAGGGGAGAGACUGUUUACCUGCACGGGGUGUGGGAAGGGAUACCCUGACUUAUCCAGCCUGAGGAAACACCAGCGAAUCCAUACUGAGGACAGACCAUUUAUCUGUUCUGAGUGUGGAAAAGGAUUCCCCCGGUCAUCAGAACUGCUGAUACACCAGCAAAGUCAUACAGGGGAGAAGGGUGGGCAGGGAUUCACUCGCUUCUUACACUUGAUGAGACACCAGCAAUCGCACAGUGAGGUGAGGCUGAUCUCCUGCCCCAUCUGCGGUGAUAAAUUCACUCAGCCGUCGGACCUGUUUAGACAUCAGCGGGUUCACAGCAGGGAGAUGCCGUACACGUGUUCAGAGUGCGGGAAAGGAUUCACUAAGUCAUUGGGCCUUAAGCUACACCAGCGAGUUCACACCGGGGAGAAGCCAUUUACCUGUUUCGAAUGUGGCAGGGGAUUCGCUCGGUUGACCAACUUGCUAAUACAGCAGCGAAUUCAUUUUUCUGCGAGGCCAUUUAUCUGCUCCGAGUGUGGGAAGGGAUACACCCGGGCAUGUUCUCUGCUGAGACACCAGCGGACACACACUGAGAAGGAUUAACCAUGCUGUGUGAGGCACCCUGCAAACCCUGUUAGGCUUUAUUUCUAAUACUAUUGGUGACCUCUUUAACUGGACUGAGGUUUAAUAUUCUACUGCUUUGAACACUGUCUCAGAUCCUAAAUCAGACCACCAGGUGGUGCCGAAUGAUGGCUGCCUCGCCAAUGGUCUGUCUCGUGUUUUUCAUCCUUUGUGUUUUUAAUUAUUUGUAAAAUGUAUGUUUUAGUUUGUC